CUGCUCCCUCUUUGGGCCUUCACCGCUGGUAACUCAGCCCGUGUCAUCGGUGUGACAUACAUAGUGCAACCAUUUUUUUUUUUUUUACUUUUUUUAUACAUUUUGUGUGAAAGGACUAUGACUGAAAUGUGAGGCAAACAGAAUAAUAUGAAGUACUCAUUUUCCGUUGUUGAGAAUAACCUGUUUCCCAUGAAUUAUUAGAUGGUCAAUCAGUCAACGAAUCCCAUCACAGAGAUGGCAGGGCCCAAAGGGACGUCUAAAGUUGACAACGUGUUUUUCUUUAAACCAUAAUAAUCCGACUGGGAUAAAAGCAACCAAAUUGAUAAUUUAUUCAUUACUUAAAGGAUUCAUGCAAAUAAUGAUCAAUACAUUUAUGUUCUGUCUGAUAACAUGAAAUAAACCUACACAUUACAUACAAUCUGAUGAAAAAGCACCAUUACCUUUCACACCAAAUCAGAGGUAAAUUGGGAUUAAUUUAGUUAGUGUUUCUACACACGCGUGUAGAUUCGUGUCAUGCCCCAAGGGUUACGUUCAAGCAUGUUUAAUGUUUUUCAGAUGAUUUUAAAUAAAACAAAGUCUGGUCUUGCGACAGUUCAUGUGUUUCAGGUCCGGCCAAUAACCCUCUUCAACAUAUUCUGGUUCACCCUUGCCCUUCUGUCUAAUUGCCUCCCACCGACCAAUGGGGUAGCCCCCUCUCACGUCAGCUGAGAUUAAGCAGAAAUAUGUCUCUGGAAGCCCCAUUGUUCUCACUGUUUGUCAGGUUAUUUAGGGUAGUGGAGCUACUUUGCAUGAGAAUAGAUUCCACUUGUUCAGGAAUGUUGUGUUGACUUUAUACAUAGUUCAGCUUUUUAAUGGCAACAGUUGUUUAUUCCGUUUUGAAGUGUAUUUAUUUUUUCAUAUUUAUUAGCAAUAAAUCGAUCAGGCUAUUGUUAUUAUUGUUAUUAUUAUUUUAACCUAAUUAAAAUGUAUAAUCUGCAAAUAGUUUUGACUUAUAACCAACUUGUACGUUCAGGGGGAUUUCUAGGGCGCAUCUUCAUUCUUAAAAGUGUCCAAUGUGUCCUUCGAUGAGCAUCGUCAUACGGAACGCACGCGCCCAGAAACACAAACCCACGAACACACACAAUAGGUCAUUGUGUGUUAGGUUCUCGGGCGAGUCUGUUUUUUCCGGACCUUUUGAGUGCAACUGCUUUUCCUCCUCCGCGCUCGUCUGGGGAGCUCACAGUAGGCUCCCUUAAAAAAAUCAAUGCGAUUUUGGAAGAAUCCAUCUUGGCAACAUCGUAGUUUAUUGCGCAAACUAACCUGACCGUUUUUUAUCGAUGGGAGUGCGGUAGUCCUUAUUCGGUUUAGCAAAACAUAUUUUCAGGAAACUAUUACUUUCAGGAAACUAUCUUUAACCCAUCUCUUUGGACUUGCCGUUGGAUAAACACGACCCCUGCUCAGUUGGUACACCCUAAACCUUCGGGGCACGGCGCUACAUUUUUUAGUUGUGGAUAUUCUAAGCUUUUGGAGUAGUACCUCCAUGAAAUAUUGAGCCAUGUCGGCUUGUAUACAACCCUACUGUUGAGAUACCCUACGGAAGGUGACAUCGGAUUACAGAAUUUUGUACUUUAUUAAUCAUCUUUGGAAGUCCAGUUCAAAGUCCACGAUGCCCGUAAACGGAGGGGGUCUCCUCUCUUUGAGCCGAUACGCGACACAGUAUUUCAACAACCCAGCCAUGGAGGAGACCGUAUGGGAGAUGUACACUGUCACCCUGCAGAGGGAUUCAAAGAUGGGCUUCGGCAUCGCCGUCUCCGGGGGACGGGACAACCCCAACGAGGACAGCGGGGAGACGUCCAUCGUGGUGUCGGACGUCCUGAAAGGAGGCCCCGGGGACGGCCUGUUGUUUGAGAAGGACCGAGUGGUUCAGGUGAACGCCAUCCCUAUGGACGGAGUGGUGCACUCCUUCGCUGUGCAGACCCUCAGAAAGUGUGGGAAAGUAGCAAAGAUCACGGUGAAGCGCCCCAGGACCAUCCCGGCCUCCUCCGCCAACCGCCCGCCCUCCCCCGACGACCGCGUGUUCCACAACGACUACAACGACGACUACAACUACGACCAAGACCGCCGCAGCGUCUACAGCGGGGGUCCGCGGGACCACAGCCCCGAGAAGGAGCGCGGCGGCGGCGGCGGCUACACGGACUCGGGCUACCAGACGCGGGAGCGCGACUACGACAACCACAAGGACUACGACCGCGGCGGCGGCGAGCGCGGGCGCAGCGCGGACCGCGACCUCAGCCCCGACCGGCCCUACCGCCGCGACGGCAGCAGGGGCCGCGUGCUGGAGCACGAGCGCAGCCCCGACCGCCGUUACCGUAGCGACCACGCGCUGGAGCGGGAGUACAGCCCCGACCGGCGCUACCGCAGCGAGCGCACCCUGGACCGCGACCACAGCCCCGACCGGCGCUACCUGGGCGACAGUCCCAGCCGGGGGUCCCGGGACCCCAGCUACGAGCGGAACCGGCCCCGGGCCCCCAGCGAUCGUAGCGACCGGGACCGGGACUACCGCGAGCCCAUGAAGCGUGGCGGCAGCCGGGACCGCCUGGACCGCUCGCCCUCCCCCCCGCCCCCUGCCCUGAGCAUCCCCCUGCCCCGCCCCGCCUUCCGGGACCUGGAGCCCCUGGAGAAGCCCGUCAGCGUGCUGCUGCUCAAGAACCGGCCCAACGAAGAGUAUGGUCUGCGUCUGGGCAGCCAGCUCUUCAUCAAGGAGAUGACCAGCACCGGGCUCGCUAGCAAGGAUGGGAACCUCAAAGAAGGAGACAUCAUUCUCAAGAUCAACGGCACGGUGACGGAGAACCUGUCACUUAGCGACGCGGGGAAGCUCAUCGAGAAGUCGCGCGGGAAGCUGCAGCUGGUGGUGCAGAGAGACAGAAGCCAGGUGCUGGUUCGAAUCCCAGCGAUGGCCGACAGCGACUCGGAGCUCGAUGACAUCUCUGAGAUUGAGUCCUACCACUCGUACUCCCCACAGGACGACCGGCCGACCCACCACUCAGAUCUCUCCUCUCACUCGUCCAAUGAGAGGCUCCGAGACAAGACCAGCGAGGACCCACCCAGCAGGCUGGCCAAGAUGGGCGCCAUGCCAACGCCAUUCCGGGCUCCUGAUAGGUCCGCGGAGGACCUGCCCCCUUUGGCACCUGACAGGGAGGAGCCCAGGUCUGAGACUCCCCCAGCGCCGGUUGCAAGGGUUAUUCCCAAGAUUCACGGUCUGCCAAAGUUGCCACUCAAGCCAAGCGCAGAGGACCAGGAAAUAUACGGGCCCAACACGGUGAUGGUGCGCUUCCAGAAGGGCGACAGCGUGGGUCUGCGGCUGGCGGGCGGUAACGAUGUGGGCAUCUUCAUCGCCGGCGUCCAGGAGGACAGCGCCGCAGAGAAGGAGGGGCUCCAGACCGGAGACCAGAUCAUGAAGGUGAACAACAUGGACUUCCGCGGCAUGGUGCGAGAAGACGCGGUGCUCUACCUCCUGGAGGUUCCCAAAGGGGAGGACGUCACCAUCCUGGCCCAGAGCAAACCAGAAGUGUACAAGGACAUCCUGACGUCGGGCCGGGGCGACUCGUUCUUCAUCCGGACCCACUUUGAGUACGAGAAGGAGGCUCCGCAGAGCCUGGCCUUCUCCCGGGGCCAGAUCUUCAAGGUCACGGACACGCUGUACGACGGCAAGCUGGGCAACUGGCUGGCCAUCCGCACGGACAAGGAGAACCAGCUGCUGGAGAAGGGCGUCAUCCCCAACAAGAGCAGGGCGGAGCAGAUGUCCAACGUGCAAAACGCCCAGCGGGCCGCCGCCGGCACGGACCGGGGGGACUUCUGGAGGCUGAGGGGUCAAAGGGCGGCCAAGAAGAAGGACCUCCGCAAGAGCCGGGAGGACCUGAGCGCCGCGCCCGUCUCCACCCGCUUCCCCGCCUACGAGAGGGUGGUGCUACGAGAAGCUGGGUUCAGGAGGCCCGUGGUUCUGUUCGGACCCAUCGCUGACGCCGCCAACGACAAGCUGGGAAACGACCUGCCCAAUGAAUUUGUCGUCGCCAAGACUGAACCCAAGGACGCAGGCAGUGAGAAGUCUUCAGGCGUGGUCAGACUCAACACAAUUCGACAGCUCAUUGAACAGGACCUGCACGCCCUGCUGGACGUCACGCCCAAGGCGGUGGACACCCUGAACUACACCCAGUGGUACCCCAUCGUGGUGUUCCUCAACCCGGACAGCAAGCAGGGCGUCAAGGCCAUGCGCAACCGCCUGGUGCCCGGCUCCAACCGCAGCGCGCGCAAGCUGUACGAGCAGGCCGUCAAGCUGAGGAAGACCUGCUCCCACCUCUUCACCUCAACCAUCGACCUGAACUCUGCUAAUGACGCGUGGUACGGCAGUGUGAAGGACUCCAUCCGGGAACAGCAGGAGAGAGCCGUCUGGGUGUGCGAGGGCAAGCUGGACGGUUCGGAGGAGGACCUGGACGUCCACGACGACCGCAUGUCCUACCUGUCGGUGAUGAGCGUGGACUACCUGAGCAUGGACAGCCGCAUGACCAGCGACUACGAGGACACCGCCGACGAGGGCGGAGCCUACACGGACAAUGAGCUGGACGAGACGCUGGAGCUGGAGCCCCAGCCCGUCUCCGCCAUCGGACGCUCCUCGGAGCCCGUUCUGCCCGACGAGAAGUCUCACCCUGAGCCCAGGGCUCGGAUGAGGAGGUCGGGCAGCCGGGAGGCUCUGACCCAAGACCCCAGCCCUCCCCCCUCCUUUGUCCCUGAGCCCCCCAAGCAGGUGCGCAUCCAGAGCCGCACCGAGUCGUCGCGCGGCUACGACUCCCACUCCAGCAGCACCCUGAGCAGCGAGGCCCCGGGGGCCGGCCGGCCCCUGCCCCCCCCCGUGGCCCUCAAGCCCACCUACGGGGCGCGCCCGGCCGAGGAGCCGGGGCGUGAGGAGGAGGACCCCGCCAGCCGCUCCUUCAUGGGGAAGGUGAAGGCGUUCGAGAAGAUGGACCAUCUGGCCAGAGCCCAAAGGCUGGUGGAGCUGCAGGAGGCUGAGAACGCUCGGCUGGAGAUCGCCCAGAAGCACCCUGACAUCUACGCUGUGCCCAUGAAGCCACCGAAGCCCAACGCCAACCGACCUCAGCCCAUCGGCUCCAGCUCCAACCCGGAGCCCCAGUCGAGGGGGGGGCAGUACGACGAGGACGAGGAGGAGUACCGCCGGCAGCUGGCCGAGCAGACCAAGCGAGGGCACUACAACCCCCAGAAGUACAAGGACACGGAGCUGUAGGUCACAUGACCCCGCGGUCACAUGACGGCCUGCUGCAGCCAAUGACAUUGUCCAGUCCCCCCCUCCCCC